AUGUCUACAAACAAAAAACGUAAAAUUGAAGAGGAAAAUAGAGGAUUUAGAAUCGAAAUCAAAGAUUUUUUAACGAAUAAAGGCAUCAACUACCCCGAAUUGUGCGAUGAUAUGUGGCUACAAAAAUUGUAUUUUGCUGUAGAUUUGACUUCAUCUCUAAAUCACUUAAAUAAAAAGCUUCAAGGUAAGGGAAAUACAGCACAUACACUACUGGAAACUGUUCUUUCUUUCGAACAACAACUUCAGCUUUUUUCAGAAGAUAUUGAGAGCGGAAAUCUUGAUCAUUUUGAAUCUUUGAAAGAGUACACGGAAAGCUCAGGUUGUAUUAUUGAUUUGGAGUAUUUUAAAUUGGCCAUUCAAUCCAUGAAAAAUUCGUUUAGUAGACGUUUUGAAGAUUUUCGAAAAUAUAAAUCUACGUUGAAGUUCUUGACAUCACCACUCAUAGCGGAAACUGGACAAAUUAAUUUUCCAUCGUUUCCAUCUGUCGACAAAAGACUAUUUUCAUUGCAAUUAAUAGAACUAAAAACCAAAGAUCUUUGGUCUACAAAAUUUGAGAAUUUGAAAACGGAUAUUGAAAAUCUGGAAAGGGAAAAAGGAUUUUUAGCUGCGAACCAUAAAUGGACGGAACUCGCUAAAUGUCAAAAAGAAGAGAAAGUUAUAUUUGACGUAUGGAAUAGUCUUCCCGAAAGUUUCAGCCAAUUAAAAAUGGUCGCUUUCGGAAUUUUAACCAUUUUUGGAUCUACUUACAUUUGUGAGCAAACAUUUUCAAACAUGAACUUUAUUAAGAAUAAAUUAAGAAAUCAACUGAAUGAUAUCAGCCUUGAUGCUUGUUUGAAGUUGAAAACUACAGACUACUUUCCAGAAUUGAAUAAGCUGUCUGGAGAAAUUCAGUGUCAAAAAUCCCACUAA